AGCGGCUUCUGGACGAGUUCCGGAGAAAAAGGGAAAGGCGGCGGAGCACAGCCACCCAGGCACAGACAAGAGGAAGCCAAGAGGGCCGCGGCAAGGCUCUCUCCCCGACCUUCAACUGAACUCGACUCACCUGCCCCAGGAUGUCCAAGUCAGAGAUAGCCCGUCAGUUCGACCUCCCGGAGAGGCAGAGCAAGCUGAACACCAUGCUGCGGGAGGAGGGCCUCAAAGAUGAACAGGUGUACUGUGUCUGCCGCACUGCUGAUGUCACCAGGUUCAUGAUAGGCUGUGACAAGUGUGAGGAGUGGUAUCAUGGUGACUGCAUCAAUGUGACUGAGAGUGAAGCAAACAAAAUCAAGAAAUUCUUUUGUCAGAGAUGCAGACUAAAAGAGCCGUCUCUAGAGAUCAAGUACAAGCAGAAGAAGCCCCACCACCACGAGCACAGCGACAGCAAGCACCACAAAGACAAGGAAAGGAAGGACAGAGAGAAGAAAGACAAGGAGAGGCGAGACAAAGAACGGAGAGACAGAGAAAAAUACAAAUAUGACAAGCAUUCACCCUCCAAAAACAAGAGCAGCAGCAGCAGUAGUAAGAGUAGCAGUAGCAGCAGCAGUCAGCGCUGUGGGGCGUGUGAGGCGUGUUAUCAGCGUGAGGACUGUGGCCGCUGUGAGAACUGCAAGGACAUGGCCAAGUUUGGUGGCCCUCACAAGCUACGGCAAAAGUGCAAAAAAAGACAGUGCCACAACUUUGUGCAGCUUGCUCAGAGGCCAAACAAAACCAGUAGCAGCAGCAGUAUAAAAAAGCACAGGGAACAUGAGACAGAGAAGCCUGCCUUGCCCCCCCCACAGCCUCCCUUCACCACUAAAGAGGAAUACCCCACCGUGCUCAAGGACAGGAAUGAGUGCAGUGAUGAGGAGAUGUCUGAACUCAGCAAGAAAUUUCCAAAGGAUCCUGUGAUCAUAGAAUCCAGCAAGAGCAAAGAGAAAGAUGCCAAGACAUUCAGUCGGAAAAAGAAAGAACAGACCACAGGGAUACGGAAACGCAAGAGCCGCCAUGAAUCAGAUAGUUCAGACAGUGACUCAGAUGGGGGAUACCUGAGGGCAGACCAGGCCACCAAUCGCCAGUGCUUUGGGCCCCAGUGCACCAGGCCAGCACGCCCCAACAGCAAGUACUGUGGCGAUGAAUGUGGCCUCAAGCUGGCGGAAGCAAGGAUCUAUUCAGUGUUGCCGCAGCGCAUUCAGGAAUGGAAGAUGAGUGAAUGUGUGGCAGAGAGCAAGGACAUUCGGCAGCUGGAGAAGAUCAGGAGGCAGCAGCUGGAGGCCAGGGAGGUACUGCAGCAGCUGGACCAGCGGCACUUGGAGCUGGACAGACUUGUGGAGAGAGGGAAGAAAGCCAGUAUUGACCCCAAGGCUGACGACGGUGGUGAGGAGGAAGGUGGGGAUGGUGUGUACAUUUACUGCGUCACCUGUGGUCACGAGGUUCAGGCCAGAAGAGCAAUCAGACACAUGGAGAAUUGCUUUAAUAAGCUGGAGAGCCAGACUACCUUUGGUUCCAUGUUCAAGACGAGGAUUGAAGGAAACAACAUGUUCUGUGACUUCUACAAUCCUAGCAGCCUCACUUACUGCAAGCGGCUGAGAGUCAUGUGUCCAGAACACACAAAAGCACCAGUUGUCAAAGACUCUGAGGUCUGUGGAGCGCCUCUGACUUCAAAUGUGUUUGAUGAGACGGGAGAAAUUUGCUUGGCACCCAAGAAGAAAUGCUUACGCCACUACUGCUGGGAGAAGCUCCGCAGGGCUGAGAUAGACAUGGAGAGAGUGAGACAGUGGCUCAAGCUGGAUGAGUUGCUGGAGCAGGAGCGGUUGGUGCGGCAAGCCAUGACCAACCGUGCAGGGGUGCUGGGCCUCAUGCUGCACUCUACCUAUGACCACGCGCUGGCUGAGAAGCUCCAGCAGUCACAGCAGUACCACCAGAAUGACCACCAGUACCACAGUAACAAUACAAAAUAUCAACGAACAAACAGCACCAGUAAUAGUACUGCUGCUGCUGCUACCACUGCUGGUGCUCAGCAUAAACAUAGCACUAGUCAGCAGCAGCACAAGAAGCAGCAGCAGCAAUCCCAACAGCGCCAUCAUUCAUCAUCACAGCGGUACAGCUCAGACUUCCACUACUCCAGUGAAACACAGCAUACAAGUGACCACCAGUAUCAUAGCACAGGCCACAAACACCAUCACAGUGACCACCAAUACCAUAACAGCGACCACAACACCAAGCAACAACCGCAGCAUCACCACAGUGACCACCAGUACUACAGUAGUGACCGUAGCAAGCCACCACAACCACCACCACCACCCACACCCACACCCACACAGCACCAUCAUAGCGACCAUCAGUACCAUUCCAGCAGCAGGGAUCAUAAGUACCAAGCGAGUCAGCGGUACCACUCAGACCACCAGUAUUACUGCAGCAAGAAACAAAAGUGAACAGUGUUUUCUUGAUGUGGGAUCCAUCAAAACUUACCCACUUCACUCAGCUUGUUUUGUAUUGUGUAAAACUAAAACUUCAGGGAUAUAAAGAGAGAGAGAGUGUGUGUGUGUGUGUGUGAGCUAUAUAUAUAUAUA